AUGUUCCCAAAGCGACACGCGUUUGCAUAUUCGUACCUCCAGUGUGGAUACCCCAUUGUCUGCAGUCGAGCUCAGCAGGACGAAACAGAAUUUCCAAGUGGAGAAGAUCGGUAUUUAGGAUCAUGGUGGCUCCGAGUAAGAGCCGAAGAUUACCUUGAGCGAGGCGAUGGCGAGCUCGGAUUUUACCAAAAGUUGAGAAAGUACCUGAAAGCUCAGCAUGUUGCCGACUCAGAGUGGGAAUAUGCCUACUUGGUAACAGCACCGCGCUUUUUCGGCUACUCCUUCAACCCCGUCUCUUUCUGGUACAUUUACGAUCGCGACCAUGAACUUAAGAAAAUGGUAUUGGAGGUCAACAACACAUUCGGAGAAAGGCGCAUGUACCUGCUCGACGGGUCAAGUCCUUCCAGCCCGCCUCACAAAUCUGACUCCCAACAAUCAUCGGCUGAUGAGGGAUCUGAGAAUGAAUUGGCCAAUGCAUCCAAGUCAAAGUUUACCGAUGUCUGGAUGAAGGAUUUCCACGUUUCGCCAUUCAAUUCCAGAAAGGGAUCUUACGCGCUCAAAGCUCAAAAUCCAUUCCCAACCGUCGGCCAUGGUGACCCCAGAAUUGACAACACAAUCAUAUUGAAGUCCUCCAAAGACCACGGUAAACUGGUGGCCCGCCUCUUUUCGACUGGAAAGUCUUUGGAUCCAGACCAGCUAGGCUUCUUUGGCACAGCCCGGUUCGUUCUGAGCUGGUGGUGGGUUGGUCUGGUCACAUUUCCCCGUAUCCUCAGGGAAGCCGGAAAGCUAUUCUUCAAGAGAAAGCUUCAUGUUUGGUUCAGACCAGAGGUGCAGACUUCUAGUAUCGGCCGUCUACCUACCUCUGCUGAAAUCGCACUCGAGGAAGUCUUCCGAGACUAUCUCUACAAGCUUGUGAAUGAGACCGAAUAUCCGUUCUGCAUCACAUUCAAGAGCUCGAUCCCUGGGACACAAUACCGCCUCAUUUCCACGACCCGCGUCCUGGAACCCGAAAGACCCCAACAAGACAUGGAGAUUCGUGUACUCACCCCGGCCUUUUACUCAAGGCUUGUCCACUACACAUACACUUCCGAGGGGAUUGAUCGUGAAUGUGUCUUCACCGACGAGCGGAAUAGGACAUUGUGGCUGUGUCGCCCUAAAUUAUUGCCCUUCCUAUUAUCAGACCAAUCAUCGAUAUGUAUUGAAGGCGAGAACAUGGCGCCAGUCAGGCGAGGCUAUUUCGACGAACUGAGAUGGAUGUUACUAAGAAAGCUGAGGUGUCCGCCACCCGACCCGGCGUACUCUGUGACGCCACAAAGCUCAAACAUCCAAGUAGACGACAUUCGAUCCAGGCCGUAUUCGGAACUGGACCAGUUUGUGAGAAGUCACGUGGGUCAGAAACAUGCCGGGAAGUACAGAAGAGCCGUUACGAAACUCUUCUUAGCGCAGCGCUUUUGCUUUGGAUUUUCAGAGGGUGUAGAUUUGGUGGAUCUAGUGGUGAGGAUGUCGCUAUGCUACCUAGCUGUUCUGCAGAUGAGUGCCUGGUCCAACUCCUGGGCAGGGGCCGAAUCAGCUAAAUGCAUGUUGGCGCUGGCGGAGCGCAAGGACUGGUCUGCAUGCUUUAAUGCUCGUGGUAGCGAUGAUUUCAAUUGGUGGUGGCUGGCGAAGAGCGCCUUAUUAGUACACGCACCCCAUGCGUAUGGUUUGCUAAAAGGGUACAGCUAG